AUUGGUCGGCGGCCGGCUUGGGGCGGGGCCGGGCGGCGGUUGAGGGCGGGGCUCGGCGUGACGCGGCCGCGGGGCUGCGGCCAAUCAGCGCCGCCCGCUGCCAGUUUGAAUCCCGGCACCGGCGGCAGCGGGCGGGCAGCGGCCAUGAGGAAGAGCGAGGUGCUGGCGGCCGAGGCCGUGUCGUGCCUGAACCGCGCGCUGGCGGCGCUGCGGGACAUCUGGGAGGAGAUCGGCAUCCCCGAGGAGCAGCGCCUGGAGCGCACCGACGUGGUGAAGAAGCACAUCAAGAGCCUGCUGGACAUGAUGGUGGCGGAGGAGGAGAGCCUGAAGGAGCGGCUCCUGAAGAGCAUCGCCCUGUGCCGCAAGGAGCUGGACGCCCUGUGCCGGGAGCUGCGCCUGGACCCCUUCGAGGCAGAGGAGGAGAGCACCAUCCUGCAGAUGGAGAAGGAUUUGCGCACCCGCGUGCAAGUGAUGUUAAAGCAGAAGAGGGACAGGCAGCAGGAGCUGAAAGCUCUGCAAGAACAAGACCGAGACCUGUGCGACAUCCUCUGCGUGUCCCCGUUUGGCAUCGACAGCAACGCCGUGCCCAGCCUGGAGGAGCUGGACCGCUACCGGCGCCACUUGGCCUCCCUGAGCGCCGAGAAGGAGCGAAGGCGAGAGGAGUUUGUCAGUAUCAAGCGGCAGGUCAUCCUCUGCAUGGAGGAGCUGGACCACACCCCGGACACGAGCUUUGAGCGGGAGGUGGUGUGUGAGGAUGAGGAAGCCUUCUGCUUGUCCACAGACAACAUCGCUGCCCUCCAGAACCUGCUGCAGCAGCUGGAGGCCCGGCGGUCCCUGAACGAGGCCAUGUGCAUGGAGCUGCGAUCCAGGAUCACUGCGCUCUGGGACAGGCUGCAGGUUCCCGCGGAGGAGAGGGAGUCCUUCGCAGUGCACAUGACCGGAUCCAGAGCCAAAACUAGGAAAGCUCUGCAGUUAGAAGUGGACCGUCUGGAGGAGCUGAAGCUGCAGAACAUGAAGUCUGUGAUCCAGGCGAUCCGGGUGGAGCUGGCUGAGUACUGGGAUAAAUGCUUCUACAGCCAGGAGCAGAGAGAAGGCUUCAGCCCCUAUUAUGAUGAGGACUACACAGAGACCCUGCUCCAGCUCCACGAUGCUGAGGUGGGGAGGAUGAAGAACUACUAUGAGACACACAAGGAGCUGUUUGAGGCUGUCCAGAAAUGGGAGGAGAACUGGAAGCUGUUCCUGGAGCUAGAGAGGAAAACAACCGACCCCAACCGCUUUGCCAACCGCGGGGGGAGCCUGCUGAAAGAAGAGAAGCAGCGAGCAAAGCUGCAGAAGAUGCUUUCCAAGCUGCAGGAGGAGCUGGAGAGCAGGGUCCAGGCCUGGGAGCAGGAGCAUGAGGACGCUUUCCUGGUGAAGGGGCAGCAGUUCAUGGAGUAUGUGGCGGAGCAGUGGCAGCUGUACCGCAUGGAGAAAGAGAAGGAGAAGCAGGAGCGGCACCUGAAGAAAAGCCGCCAGAUCGAGGCAGAGAUGAUGUACGGGAGCACCCCGCGGACACCCAUCAAGCGUCGCGUCCUCACCCCACACACGCCUGGCAAAGUAAGGAAGCUCAACUGGCACUUCCAUCUCCAGCGCCACCCCCAACAGCACUGUUCGCUCGGCCUUCGGGGCAACUCUCUACCACUCACCAACCUCUCGGCUGCCGCCCUCCGGAGGGAAGCAGCUUGGUCAGGCUCGGACCCCCAGCCGCGUGGCUUUGAAGCCCCCCCGGCCAGGACACAGGGAGCAGAACAAGGAGAACGUGUCGCAGCUGAACGGAACCACCCUGAGCGCGCGAACUUUCAAAGGCUUCCAGGUGUGACACCAGCUCCCGCGUGCUCAACUCCACCACCACCAACGCCUACUGCUGAGGCGCUGCCCCCGGCUCUGGCCCUGCGCAGCCGCAGUGAGUCCCUGCUCCGGGGCAGCGCUCCCGCAGCACCCAGGCCGUGCCCUCGGCUUGGCUUUUAGCUAGGGCCCAGCAUUAGUCUGGCCGGCCCCCCCCUCUGCGGGGUGGGGUGCUCCUGCCUGCGAGGGCAGGGGAAGGAAAAGGACACUUGUACAUGUUUUGCUUUUAUUUGGGGAAUUCUUGUGACUGUUUGUGAUUAAAGACUGCGAACAAACUUGGGGUAGCGUAGCAGCGGGUGGUGGCUUCUGCGGGAGCCUGGCUGGGCAGUGGGGUGAGGUGGCAGGGCUCUGGGACAGACAGGACCUAGUGCAGAGAGCUGGCCUUGGUGCCUCUUACCAAAGGCUCUUUUUUUUUAACCUUCCAUAUAUCUGUAGGUAUUAUCUACCCGGCUCUUCCUUAACAGCACAGCAGCCAUGCUUUAGCUAGGGCUUGCUUUAGCUGAGGUUCCUCUAAGCAGCCUCCCUUGGCCCCCGAGGACUGCUGCAGCCUGGGCUUGUGGCUGAGGGUCUCAACUCACCCCCAGGCUGGGCACUGCAGCUGCCCCCUGGAGCCCCCAGGUGGCCUGAUUCCCCUGUCCUUUGCCCAUCCCCGAGCCCCUGGUGCGGGGCUGCCUGUCCCCCUGCACGUGCCCCCCAUCGCCUGCCUGCCCUUUCUCGCCUGCUGCUCCUGGGCAGGACAGCGCAUGGCUUGGUGGUACGACGUGCUGGGGGGGGCUCGUUUGCACCUUUUGUUAAUGAAGCUCUGUAUGUGUGUCUGUCCCUGAUCAGAACUAAUUUGCACCUUGUUGUCACUACACUCCCCCACUUGCUGUUAUUUAUUCCCCAGGUUCUGUUCCCUUGCUCUGUAACUCUGUAUAUACUGUUUAUGGGAAUAACGCGUAUCCAUGUAUAUAGCCCCUGCUGUUUGUGUGGUUGUUGGGGUGACCAAAGGCUCCUCCAGCAUCACCCUGGAGGCCAGGAGGGGGGGGGGAGAGGGCUGGGCCUGGCUCUUCAGCCCCUGCCUUCUUUCUGUAAACCUUGCCUGUGCCCAGAGGGGCUGGAGCAGCUGGGCACCUGUACGUGUAUGCAACGCGAAGCACUACCGCAGCUGUUACAAAAAGAGAUUUAAUAAA